UUGUGAAAAAAAUGAAAAUGGACGGCUAAUCUGCUUUUUCAGUUUUGCACGUGAAGAUCUGAAUUUUAUUUUAAUUAUUAGCAAAUCACCGUCAAACUGGGUGCGAAAACGGUUGAAAGGUUCUUCAGCCUUGCAGAUAAUAAUUUUGUCGAAGAUGUGAACGACGACAUACAAUGUUUUGUAGCCAAAAAUGAUGUUGACAGAGUGCUGGUAUUCCCUCCGGUGAGCAACUACCGUCGGUUCCUGAUUCACCAGUGUGUGGAGCAGAUAGCCGUGCCGAAGCUCAGCACAUUCUCCAUUGGAGUUGGUGAUGAACGACGGACCGUCGUUUGCUUCCUGGAUAAAGUGUUAAGUGAUGUAGCUUGCGCACAACCAGCCAUGGGACUGUCACAGGCUGAUCGGGAAUCUGCUAUCACACGCACAGACGCAGGCGAGUGCAAGGCGGACCGGCGCGCGCGCUCGCAGCCGCAAGAAAAAAUCAGGUCUGGCUCAGCAAGGCCGCGUCGACCGGACCGCGCCGUGUAUGUGCCGAGAGCCCUUCGCGCCUCCGACACUGCAGCCGGCGACACUGCAGCCGCCGACACAGCAGCUGGUGACCCAGCCGACGAUCCGCCCCCAGCCGACACCAGGAAGCGACAGACCUCCGUCACACCCACCGUCAAACCGCCAAAGUCACCCAGAGACAAAUCACUCCCGGGCACCCCCAGGAAGUCCAUCGACAAAGCCUUCUGCAACGUCUACACACCCCCGCACCUCAGGAGUCAGAGAUCUCACACCGAACCCAGUAUAUGCGACCAAACCGAAUACGUGCCUUCAGUGCCAAACAGUGAUAGUGCAAUAGAAUUUAGUGAUAAUAAUUGUAAUGAAAUAGGUAAUAACUUCUACAUAGGUGAUUAUUUUGCCAACGGCCAACUAGGUUUAUACAAUCCCAACUAUUACUACAGUGAUAUAGAGAAAUAUAGUGAUCUAAACGGUAGCUUGGGCGAUCCGAAUGAGUCUAAUGAAUUAAACAUGGCUGUGCCCGACGCUAACACGAACAUUAUAGAUAAUGGAUACGGUUUGCAUUAUAAUAAGGACGAAGACGUUGAAGCUAAUGAGUUGAGGAGAGCGUCACGGGAGAUCAACCGAAGCAGUAAAAGGAUCAUCAAACAGAGCUUCGAUUCGGAUGUUCUAGUGAUAUCGGAUCCUGUCGAGGAUAACAAAGCGGUAAACGAUGAGACGCAGAAGGAAACAAACGUCACAGAUGAAGAAACUAGUCCUGUGAAGCCAAAACAAAAGUUGGAGCCUCGAUUGUCCUUGAAACGUGAAGAGAACGAUUGGGACGCAGUGUUUGACGACAGUGGUGAAUGUUUGGACCCUUCGUUGCUGGAAGAACUUACAGCUACUGUAGGAAAAGUGCAUAUUAGUAAAGCGAAGAAUAACUACGAUCAGUACCAAACUAGAGGCCAGGCGUUGUUCAGUGGGCCCGUAGACGAAUCGUUUGCGCAUGUAGUGGAAGUGUAUGACUUUCCGAGUGAGUUCAAAACGAACGAUUUGCUGUCAGUGUUUAGUGAAUAUAAGGACACGGGAUUCGAGAUCAAGUGGGUGGAUGAUACUCACGCGUUGAUUGUGUUCAGCAGCGCAAAAAUUGCUGCUGAAGUGCUCUCCGCGCAGAAGCCGCUGGUGCGCUGCCGGCCGUUGCACGCCGCCACCGCCGAGUCGCGCGGCAAGGCCAAGAAGUGCGCCGAGUUCCUGCAGCCGUAUAGACAACGUCCAGAGACGUGCACGGCGCUGGCGCGGCGGCUGGUGUCGGGCGCGCUCGGCGUGAAGUUGAGCACGGCGCGGCAGGAGCGGGCUGAGGAGAGGCGGCUCAUCACCAUCGCUAGAGAGAAGAAACGUCAGGCGGCGUUACACAAGGAGGCGGCGUGGGACGGCUCGCUAGGGCAGCCACUCGGGGACACGUGAGACCCGCCACAGGCCUUGCAGAAUCAUCAUGACUUCCUAAUAAAUAAACGCUCUCAAAUAGAUAAUAUAGAUUUAAAACCGAUAGAAAUUAGAGUAUUUUAUCAUAAACUCUUUGUAGCCUGUUGUUAGCUACGUACAAGGGGUUUUGCACUUUAAUCUAUGUGUCAUAACGGCUAAUAUUAAAUUGAACUUUCAUUCACAUAAUGCGCUUUGAUAGUCAGCCUUGGAAGGGUUAUUUCUUAUGAUAGGAAAAAACGUAUGUUUAUGAUAGUUCGUGCAAUACAGAGAUUAUUUCCGUUACUUAUGCAAAGAACGCAUCGUAAAUAAUGAUAUGUAUAUAUAUUUUAAUAUUUACAAUCUUUCUAUAAAUAUUAAAUAAAUAUUGAAACCUAUUUACCAUCAACAUUAUUAACCUAACGAUCAUCUGUAGUUCUGAAAACUUGUAUUGUGAUGUUGAUAAUAUUUACACAUCA